CCCAAAUGAAUCCAGAUGAAGAAAAUUUUGAUGAUGACAAUGUCGAUGAUGACAUUGAUGAUAUUCCACCAGCACCGGGUGUCGGACGCGGAGGACGCGGACGCGCUCCACGUAGACGUGCUUUACCCCGCCGCGUUGUUCGGAAUCGAUGGUUGGAGGGUAUGCCCAAGUCUCGAACCGUAGACGGUGUGGAAGAGGAGUACGACUCCUACGACGACGAUGAUGACCACGAGGACGAGGAAAUACCCGAUAUUGCACUUUUAGCUCCUCAAAAUGAAUUGUUGAUUGACCGGCAUGGUAGACCCAUCAUCAUGCCAUAUACCGCCACAGAUUUGCAACCCCAAAAUCCGGCGAAUAAGGCAAUCAAUAAUGCAUUGAAAUCCAAAUUCCAGGCUCCAUAUCUCAACUGGACGGAGGUCAGGGCAGAUGAGCGUGGAUAUCAACAAUUUUGGAAUGGCUUCAGGUCGCAAGUAACUUGGCUGAAUCACCACACAGCGGCUAUUGAGCGUAUAUUCAACAAAAAAGCCACCAAGCGUCUGUCGACCUUACUUUUUGAAGCGCGGAAAAAGAUUAAAAAGGAUCAUUCAAAACCACCACUUUGGCUCGCUGGCAAUUCAUACCCUAUGCUGUGCCGCAGAUGGGAAGAGGAAGAGUAUAUUGCAAAGUGUAUAAAGAACAAAGCCAACAGAAAUACUGAUGAAGCCAAUCGUGCGUGCGUACACUCUGGAGGGUCUAAAUCUGCCGGAACGCUUCGUCUUGAGUUCAUCCAACAAUUUGGUCGUCCACCCACCUUUAUGGAGAUGAAUGACAUGAUGCACCGGUAUGCAGAUUCCGGUCAGUGGACGGGGGCAAGGGCGCAAGAAGGUGUCGAGGUUGACGCAAAUUUGGGUUGA